UUAAAUAAAUAAUAACUCUCUUCGACCCAACAGAUCCAUCUUCGUUACCAUUUGUUCCUCAGCAUCAGCUUCUUCUGCUUUCAUUAUCUACUGAGAGUGAAGUGUAAUGGACCUUCUCUUGUCGGAGAAACCUCUAAUUGCCGUCUUCUUGGCGGUGGUUCUCGCCACAAUGAUCUCGAAGCUCCGCGGCAAGAAACUGAAGCUACCUCCUGGUCCUAUACCGGUUCCGGUCUUCGGAAACUGGCUCCAAGUCGGAGAUGAUCUAAACCACCGUAACCUCGUAGACUACGCUAAGAAGUUCGGAGACCUUUUCCACUUACGGAUGGGUCAACGAGACCUAGUUGUUAUCUCUUCACCGGAUCUAGCCAAGGAAGUGCUCCAAACACAAGGUGUAGAGUUUGGAUCCAGAUACAGAAACAUCGUCUACGACAUCUUCACUGGGAAAGGACAAGACAUGGUGUUCACUGUCUACGGUGAGCACUGGAGGAAGAUGCGACGUAUCAUGACGGUUCCCUUCUUCACCAACAAGGUGGUCCAGCAGAACCGGGAAGGAUGGGAGUUCGAAGCUGCGAGCGUUGUGGAGGAAGUGAAGAAGAACCCUGACGCGGCCACGAAAGGGAUCGUGGUGAGGAAGCGUUUGCAGUUGAUGAUGUACAACAACAUGUUCCGUGUUAUGUUCGGUAAAAGGUUCGAGAGUGAAGAUGAUCCUCUUCUCCUCCGGCUCAAGUUCUUGAACGGGGAGAGAAGCAGGUUGACUCAGAGCUUUGAGUAUAACUAUGGAGAUUUCAUUCCUAUCCUUAGGCCGUUCCUUAGAGGCUAUUUGAAGAUCUGCCAAGAUGUGAAAGAGAGAAGACUAGCGCUCUUCAAGAAGUACUUUGUAGACGAGAGGAAGGAGAUUGCGAGUGCUAAGCCUACGGGGAGCGUGAAAUACGCCAUUGAUCACAUCCUUGAAGCUGAAGAGAAGGGAGAAAUCAAUGCGGACAACGUUCUUUAUAUCGUCGAGAACAUCAACGUAGCUGCUAUUGAGACAACACUAUGGUCUAUUGAAUGGGGAAUUGCGGAGCUAGUGAACCAUCCUGAGAUUCAGAGCAAGCUAAGAAACGAAAUCGACACGGUUCUUGGACCAGGCGUGCAAGUCACAGAGCCUGGCCUUCACAAGCUUCCAUACCUCCAAGCCGUGCUCAAGGAGACACUUCGUCUAAGAAUGGGUGUACCACUCCUCGUACCACACAUGAACCUCAAGGACGCUAAGCUCGCUGGCUAUGACAUCCCAGCAGAAAGCAAAAUCUUGGUCAAUGCCUGGUGGCUAGCGAACAACCCUGAGAGCUGGAAGAAACCUGAAGAGUUUAGGCCGGAGAGGUUUCUUGAAGAAGAGGCGCAUGUGGAAGCAAACGGUAACGACUUCAGGUACUUGCCGUUUGGUGUUGGACGUAGAAGCUGUCCUGGGAUUGUACUAGCAUUGCCCAUUUUGGGAAUCACCAUUGGUAGAUUGGUACAGAACUUCGAGUUUUUCCUCCUCCGGGACAGUCUAAAGUGGAUACCACUGAGAUAGGUGGACAGUUCAGCUUGAAGAUCCUUAACCACUCCACAAUCGUUAUGAAACCAAGGGCCGUCUGAAAAUUGACCUUUUUGAAAUGAAUGGCAUUAUAACGAUGUUUGUAAAAUGUUUUGGAUAAGCCACAUUGUGUAAAAUCUUUAAAAGGGUUCGUUCCACAAUUUCAAGAAUAAAUGGUGCCGUUCAUUGUUUUGAAUGAAAUGUUA